AUGGAAAGCGUCGAAAAAGAACUCAGUCUAUUGGAACAUGACAUUGAACACAUGCGGAAUGUAACCGAUAAUCAUCCAAUAUUUACUCAAAUAAACGAAUGGGAACAAGAAUCGACAACUAAAGUUCAGAUCAUAGCAGUAUUAGCUCGUGCUGAUCUCUCUCAGUUACUUGAAGCGAAUACUAAUCGUCUUCAAUCAGAUUUUGAUCGAAUUUCACAUCAAAUUCAAACUUGUCGCGAUUCAAAUCAUUCCGAGAGUGAUAUUGAUCAAUGGAUGAACGAGAUAAAAAAAUGUCGGCAAGAUAUUCCAAAAGCAUUAGAAUCUUUGAAACUAUCAGCCGAUCCUGAAGUUGAACCCAUUCAAUUUAUAAAAAUGACAAAAAAUCAUGAUCAACAUUAUGCAGCAGACAAUAGUAAUACAACAGAAACAUGUUCAGUAAAUCCAAUCCUGUCAUCUUUCACAUGUUUGUCUCAUACUGUAGGGAAAAUACUGAGUGGAAAUGCUGAAAAAUUUGAAAAAGUAGUUGGCGAUGCUGAACUCGACGAAAAUAAUUUGAUUGCAAAGAAGAAAAAUGUUCACUCGGCGAGUAUUCGUGGUGCGAAGUUAUAUUCCACGGGUACUCAUCAAAUUCGAUUUCGAAUCGAACAGUUGAGUAACAAUAGUAUUUUUAUUGGAAUCAGUUCAUCGAAUGAGCAGAUGACAGCUACUGCGUUUAAGUUAUCUUCCAGUUACGGUUGGUGGGACACAAAAUUUCCAGUCAUCGGAGGCAUUCAUGUUGCAAGCGGUGUUUAUUCGAUGCGUACCGGUGAUGAAAUAUCGUUGACACUUGUUUGCAAUGAGGCAAGGCUCGUUUAUCAUAACAAGAGAACUGGAAUCGGCAAGAUAUCUGUGAAUCUAAGCACAUGUCCAUUGCCUUGGCAACUUCUCGUGGUAUUGGGCGCAGGUGAAAAUAUCCUUCGUAUCCUUCCAUGA